GGAGGCAGCCACAGUCACGCAGUCUUCCUCUAGUAGUAAAUAGAAUGAUGUCACCCUGACACAGCAGUGCGCCUGCGCAUCCCUGACCCCGCCUUCUGCGCCUCAGGCCCCUCCCCGCUUUCGGUGCACAGCUGUCCCGACCUCCCAUCAUGCAGUGCGGGUAGCCGGUGACCGGAGACAUGAGCGGGGGAGGGGGGAACAGCUCGGCUCCCGGCCGCCUCGCCGACUAUUUUGUCAUCUGCGGUCUGGACACCGACACCGGCCUGGAACCGGACGAGCUCUCUGCGCUAUGUGAGUACAUACAGGCUUCUAGAGGCAGAGAUGUGGCUGGACGCUUCGUGUCCUGCGCUGCUGAAGGAGAGAACUUUGAGCAGACGCCGCUGAGGCGCACGUUUAAGUCGAAGGUCCUGGCGCGGUACCCCGAAAACGUGGAGUGGAAUGCCUUUGACCAGGAUGCAGUGGGCAUGCUGUGUAUGCCCAAAGGUUUGUCCUUCAAGACUCAGGCCGACUGCAGAGACCCUCAGUUCCAUUCCUUCAUCAUCACCCGGGAAGAUGGCUCUAGGACAUUUGGGUUCUCCCUCACCUUCUUCGAGGAGGUCACCAGCAAGCAGAUCUGUAGUGCCAUGCAGACAUUGUACCACAUGCACAAUGCGGAAUAUGACAUCAUUCACACGUCCGUAACCAACGGCGGAGACGCCACCAUCUGCACGGAGGACUGCAAUGACUCUUCUGUCACCAAGCUGCAGAGGUUUAACUCCUACGACAUUUCUCGCGAUACUUUGUAUGUCUCAAAGUGCAUCUGCCUAAUCACCCCCAUGUCUUUUAUGACUGCCUGCAAGAAGGUCCUGGAGCAGCUUCAUCAGGCCGUGACCUCCCCGCAGCCCCCUCCAUUGCCGUUAGAAAGCUAUAUCUAUAAUAUCCUCUACGAGGUGCCUCUACCUCCAGCGGGAAGGUCCUUGAAGUUCUCAGGGGUCUACGCUCCUAUCAUAUGUCAGAGGCCAAGCACCAAUGAGCUGCCGUUAUUUGACUUUCCAGUGAAAGAGGUUUUUGAAUUGCUUGGUGUAGAAAAUGUUAUACAGCUGUUCACCUGCGCUCUCCUGGAGUUCCAGAUCUUGCUUUACUCCCAGCAUUACCAGAGAUUAAUGACUGUGGCAGAGACUAUCACCGGCCUCAUGUUUCCAUACCAGUGGCAACACGUGUAUGUUCCGAUCCUCCCGGCUUCGCUGCUCCACUUCCUGGACGCUCCGGUGCCAUAUUUAAUGGGUUUGCACUCCAACGGGCUGGAUGACCGGUCUAAACUCGAGCUGCCGCAGGAGGCCAAUCUUUGCUUCGUGGACAUAGACAACCACUUCAUCGAGCUACCCGAAGAUCUCCCUCAGUUCCCAAACAAGCUGGAGUUCAUCCAGGAAGUGUCAGAGGUCCUGAUGUCCUUUGGCAUUCCUCCAGAGGGGAACUUGCACUGUAGUGAAAGCAUCUCCAAGCUGAAGAGCAUUAAGGCUGCGGAUCUGGUGUCGGACAAGAAGAACGGGAACCUGGCCGGGUCACCCCUCAACUCAUUUGAGCUUCUGAAAGAAAACGAGACCCUGGCACGUAUACAGGCUCUAGUGAAGAGGACGGGAGUGAGCUUGGAGAAGGUGGAGGUUCGAGAAGAAACCACCAGUAAGAAAGACACAAAGUUUCAGUGCGAUGAGGAGGAGCUCCUGGUUCACCAGUUGAACAUCCACAUCCGGGAAGUGUUUGCAAACCGUUUCACUCAGAUGUUUGCCGACUACGAAGCAUUUGUGAUCCAGCCCAGCCAAGACAAGGAGUCCUGGUUCAGUAAUCGCGAGCAGAUGCAGAACUAUGACAAGGCGUCUUUCCUCUCCGACCAGCCAGAGCCGUAUUUGCCUUUUCUCUCGCGAUUCCUGGAGACCCAGAUGUUCGCCUCCUUCAUUGACAAUAAAAUUAUGUGCCACGACGAGGACGACAAGGAUCCCGUGUUACGCGUGUUUGAUGCAAGGGUGGACAAGAUACGACUGUUAAACGUCAGGACCCCGACCCUGCGCACAUCCAUGUAUCAGAAAUGCACAGCAAUCGAAGAAGCCGUGAAGUCCAUAGAGCUGCGACUCUCCAAGAUCGAUCACACAGCCAUCCAUCCGCAUCUUCUGGAUAUGAAGAUCGGACAGGGGAAAUAUGAGACCGGGUUCUUCCCGAAACUGCAAUCCGAUGUGCUGUCCACUGGGCCGGCAACCAACAAGUGGACAAAGAGGAAUGCGCCAGCGCAAUGGAGACGGAAGGACAGACAGAAACAACAUACCGAGCACCUUAGACUUGAUAAUGAUCAGAGAGAGAAAUACAUCCAGGAAGCCAGAAAUAUGGGGAGCACCAUCCGCCAGCCCAAGCUCUCCAACCUGUCUCCAUCCGUUAUCGCCCAGACCAACUGGAAGUUUGUGGAAGGGUUGCUGAAAGAAUGUCGGAAUAAGACCAAGAGGAUGCUGGUGGAGAAGAUGGGCCGGGAGGCUGUGGAGUUAGGCCAUGGAGAAGUCAGCAUUACGGGUGUUGAGGAGAACACUUUAAUCGCCAGCCUGUGCGACCUCCUGGAGAGGAUCUGGAGCCACGGCCUCCUGGUUAAGCAGGGAAAGUCCGCCUUGUGGUCCCACCUACUACAUUAUCAAGACCACAGGAGGAGAAUGACAGCUGGCAGUUUUGGCUACGCAGAAUUGUUUUUAGACUCUGAGAGACGGAAAUCUGACCCCAAUCCUGUGAUGGCUCCUCUGAAGAUCUCACUGGUGCAAGACAUGCUACACAUCCAGAACAUUGGGGAGAUCAAAACAGAUGUGGGGAAGGCUCGAGCCUGGGUCCGAUUGUCCAUGGAAAAGAAACUCUUGUCCAGACACCUGAAGCAGCUUCUGCUUAAUCACGAACUCACUAAGAAACUGUACAAACGCUAUGCCUUCCUGCGAUGUGACGAUGAGAAAGAACAGUUCCUCUACCACCUCCUGUCAUUCAACGCUGUGGAUUACUUCUGCUUCACCAAUGUCUUCACAACUAUCAUGAUCCCCUACCACAUUCUCAUCGUCCCCAGCAAGAAGCUUGGGGGCUCUAUGUUCACAGCCAACCCCUGGAUCUGUAUCUCGGGGGAACUGGGGGAGACUGGGGUUCUUCACGUUCCCAGGAACAUCUUGGAAAAGACUCACGAGUGCCAGAAUCUUGGGAAGCUGACCACCGUACAGAUCGGACAUGACAAUUCCGGGCUGUAUGCCAAGUGGCUGGUGGAACACGUCAUGGUCCGGAACGAGAUUACCGGCCACACUUACAAGUUUCCCUGUGGCCGCUGGCUGGGGAAGGGGAUGGACGAUGGGAGUUUGGAGAGAGUUUUGGUUGGGGACCUUCUCACGUCAGCCACAGACUCUGAAGAGAGACCCUGCCGGACCCCCCCACUGCAGCACUCCCCAGGAAUGAUCCGCCGACUUGUGGCAAUAUCACCCAGUAGUAGGCCCAAAUUAAACACUGGGCAGAUCCAGGAGGCUAUAGGGGAGGCUGUAAAUGGCAUCGUGAAACACUUCCACAAGCCGGAGAAAGAGAGGGGCAGCCUGACCCUGCUGCUGUGCGGAGAGUGCGGACUGGUGUCGGCUCUGGAGCAGGUUUUCCAGCAUGGAUUCAAAUCCCCGCGGCUCUUCAAAUGUAUGUUCAUCUGGGAUUUUUUAGAGAAAGCACAAGCCCAUUACAAUGCACUUGAUUUAAAUGACCCGGCUCCGGACGCAGACUGGCAGAACAGAGCGCGGAUCUUCAGCCGCUUCAUUAACGCCAUCAACAACACGCCACGCAACAUCGGCAAGGACGGCAAGUUCCAGAUAUUUGUGUGCCUGGGAGCUCGGGACCAUUGUUUGCACCAUUGGAUCGCCUUGUUGGCUGAUUGCCCCAUCAUAGCACAAAUGUAUGAGGACACAGCUUUAAUAAAGGACCACACCCUCGUCAACUCAUUAAUCCGUGUGCUACAAAUGCUGCAGGAGUUCAAUAUAACAUUGGAGAGUUCCCUCAUCAAAGGAAUAAACAUCUGACCACCCAAAAACCCCCAGAGAGAUCUAUCGUUACUGUGCACAGAGCGGAUUCCCCCGCAGCCUCAGUCCGCCACGACCUGGAGCGCUCCCUGUAAUAUACUAGAGAGUAUCUUUUUUUUUUUUUUAUACAGUGCUUUAUGACUUCUUACAUCUUUCAUACGAGAGAGGUAGUUAAUAUCGUACGGCUUAUUAUGAAGCUGUUCUAUUUACCGAGCCAUUAACCUGUCAUGUUCGCUCUGCAGAUGUCGCAGCAUCACGGUGAAGAUUUUUUUUUUCUAAGUCGUCUGUUACAUUGUAUCGAUAUUUGCUUUUUGUCGACACGUCCGUCAUCACUUAUUUGCUGUUACAAAAAAAAAAUAUAUAUAUGUAUAUUUUUAAAUCUUAUUGUGCUAACACACAGUGUUAUGGAAUCAUGGCUUUUUUUUUUAAUUAUUAUUAUUAUCAGUAUUCAUUUGUGAGUGAUGGAACGUGGAGAGACUUUAUAUAUUGCUACACAAAUGCACAGAACGUGUUUUUAAAUAUGCAUUAUUUUUUAUUUAUUUAAUGGCUUCUGUUCUCCUUACCACGCUGCAACCUGCACUGCCCAUAAUGCUUGGAGACCUCUCCCCCAGCGCAGAGUGCGUAUGAAGGCGGAGGAAGCAGCGUCCCACCGUUGGAUCGCCCUCUUGCAGGAGAUUCCACCCGUGUUCACCCAUCAGCGCAAGAUGAUGGCUAAAACUUUAUUAUUGCCAAGCUAGUUUAACAGUGCUGCUUUAUGUUCCUCUGACAUGCAAUAAUACAAGGACAUUCGGCGGUAAGGCCGCUCACCCCGCCUCCCCAGCUGGUCAUCUGGCUCAGAAGCAAGAGGCAUUUUGCACAGAUCAGGUUAAAAAUAAAUAAAUACAUUUACACAA